ACCUAUCCGCCGGGCUGCCCAGGUGGCUGUCGCUUCGAUGUCCUAACCCAGGGGCCCCCGGGCCAGACUCGGCUGGGCUCCCUUCACCCUCCGCUGGAAUCAUGAGGGCGAUUGGGACUCUGCAGGUGCUGGGCUUCCUUCUCAACCUGGCCCGGGGUUCCGAGAUGGGCAACUCUCAGGCAGUGUGUCCUGGGACUCUGAAUGGGCUGAGCGUGACCGGUGACGCCGAGAAUCAGUACCAGACGCUGUACAAACUCUAUGAGAGGUGUGAGGUGGUGAUGGGCAAUCUGGAGAUUGUUCUCACGGGACACAAUGCUGACCUUUCCUUCCUGCGGUGGAUCCGAGAAGUGACAGGCUACGUCCUUGUGGCCAUGAAUGAAUUCUCUACGCUACCCUUGCCUAACCUCCGAGUGGUGCGGGGGACCCAGGUCUAUGAUGGGAAGUUUGCCAUCUUUGUCAUGUUGAAUUACAACACCAACUCCAGCCACGCUCUCCGCCAGCUCCGAUUCACCCAGCUUACGGAGAUUCUGUCGGGGGGUGUCUAUAUUGAGAAGAAUGACAAACUCUGCUAUAUGGAUACGAUCGACUGGAGGGACAUCGUGCGGGUUAAGGGUGCCGACAUCGCCGUGAAGAACAAUGCUAGAAACUGUCCACCCUGUCAUGAGGUCUGCAAGGGGCGAUGCUGGGGGCCUGGACCAGAAGACUGCCAGAUAUUGACCAAGACCAUCUGUGCUCCUCAGUGUAACGGCCAUUGCUUUGGGCCCAACCCUAACCAGUGCUGCCAUGACGAGUGUGCAGGGGGCUGCUCUGGGCCCCAGGACACAGAUUGCUUUGCCUGCCGUCACUUCAAUGACAGUGGAGCCUGUGUGCCCCGGUGUCCACAGCCCCUCGUGUACAACAAGCUGACGUUCCAGCUUGAACCCAACCCCCAUACCAAGUAUCAGUAUGGAGGGGUCUGUGUGGCCAGCUGUCCCCAUAACUUUGUGGUGGAUCAGACAUCUUGUGUCAGGGCUUGCCCUCCUGACAAGAUGGAAGUAGAUAAAAAUGGACUCAAGAUAUGUGAGCCUUGUGGAGGGUUGUGCCCGAAAGCCUGUGAGGGGACAGGCUCUGGGAGCCGCUACCAGACUGUGGACUCCAGCAACAUUGAUGGGUUUGUGAACUGCACCAAGAUCCUGGGCAAUCUGGACUUCCUUAUCACUGGCCUCAACGGAGAUCCCUGGCACAAGAUCCCUGCUCUGGACCCAGAGAAGCUCAAUGUCUUCAGGACGGUGCGGGAGAUCACAGGAUACCUAAACAUCCAGUCCUGGCCUCCUCACAUGCACAACUUCAGUGUUUUUUCCAACCUGACCACCAUCGGGGGCAGAGCCCUCUACAACCGGGGCUUCUCCUUGUUGAUCAUGAAGAACCUGAAUGUCACAUCACUGGGCCUCCGGUCCCUGAAGGAAAUAAGUGCUGGGCGUGUCUACAUAAGUGCCAAUCAGCAGCUCUGCUACCACCACUCUCUGAACUGGACGAGACUGCUUCGGGGGCCUUCAGAAGACAGGCUUGACAUCAAGUAUAAUCGGCCUGCGAGGGAAUGUGAGGCAGAGGGUAAAGUGUGUGACCCAUUGUGCUCCUCUGGAGGGUGCUGGGGCCCAGGCCCUGGUCAAUGCUUGUCUUGUCGGAACUACAGCCGCGAAGGUGUCUGUGUGACUCACUGCAACUUCCUGAAAGGGGAGCCUCGGGAGUUUGCUCAUGAGGGUGAAUGUUUCUCCUGCCACCCAGAAUGCCUACCCAUGGAGGGCAUCAGCACAUGCAAUGGCUCGGGCUCUGAGGCCUGUGCUCAGUGUUCCCAUUUCCGUGAUGGGCCCCACUGUGUGAACAGCUGCCCCCAUGGGAUCCUGGGUGCCAAGGGUCCCAUCUACAAGUACCCAGAUGCUCAGAAUGAAUGUCGGCCCUGUCAUGAGAACUGCACGCAGGGGUGUAAGGGACCAGAACUACAAGACUGUUUAGGCCAGACAGAGGCAUUAAUGAGCAAAACCCAUCUGGCAAUGGCUGGGAUGGUCGGACUGCCUGUGGCUCUUCUGAUUCUGGGAGGCUCCUUUCUCUAUUGGCGUGGACGCCGGAUUCAGAAUAAAAGGGCAAUGAGGCGCUACUUGGAACGGGGUGAGAGCAUUGAGCCUCUGGACCCCAGCGAGAAGGCAAACAAAGUCUUGGCCAGAAUCUUCAAAGAGACAGAGCUGAGGAAGCUUAAAGUGCUGGGCUCUGGUGUGUUUGGAACUGUACACAAGGGGGUUUGGAUCCCUGAGGGUGAAUCCAUCAAGAUUCCAGUCUGCAUUAAAGUCAUCGAGGACAAGAGUGGACGGCAAAGUUUUCAGUCUGUGACUGACCACAUGCUAGCCAUUGGUAGCCUAGACCACGCCCAUAUUGUACGUCUCCUGGGACUGUGCCCAGGAUCAUCUCUGCAGCUUGUCACUCAGUACUUGCCCCUGGGCUCCCUCCUUGAUUAUGUGAGGCAGCACCGUGGGGCAUUGGGACCACAGCUGCUGCUCAACUGGGGAGUACAAAUCGCCAAGGGUAUGUAUUACCUUGAGGAACACAGCAUGGUGCACAGGGACCUCGCCCUCCGGAAUGUGCUGCUCAAGUCUCCUAGUCAGGUCCAGGUGGCAGAUUUUGGUGUGGCUGACCUUCUGCCACCAGAAGACAAGCAGUUACUACACAGUGAGGCCAAGACUCCAAUUAAGUGGAUGGCCCUGGAAUGUAUCCACUUUGGGAAAUACACACACCAGAGUGAUGUCUGGAGUUACGGUGUCACAGUUUGGGAGCUGAUGACUUUCGGGGCGGAGCCCUAUGCCGGGCUGAGGCUGGCUGAGGUACCAGACCUGCUAGAGAAAGGAGAGCGCUUAGCGCAGCCCCAGAUCUGCACCAUUGAUGUCUACAUGGUCAUGGUCAAGUGCUGGAUGAUUGAUGAGAAUAUCCGCCCGACCUUUAAAGAACUAGCUAAUGAGUUCACCAGGAUGGCCCGGGACCCACCUCGGUAUCUGGUUAUAAAGAGAGAGAGUGGACCUGGGCCAGAGCCCUCUGCCCUGACAAACAAGGAGCUGGAAGAAGUAGACCUGGACCUGGACCUGGAGGCGGAGGAGGACAGCCUGGCGACCACACUGGGCUCUGCCCUCAGCUUACCGGUGGGAACGCUUACCCGGCCGCGUGGGAGCCAGAGUCUUUUAAGCCCCUCCUCUGGAUACAUGCCCAUGAACCAGAGUAAUCUGGGGGAUGAAUGUCUGGAUUCUGCAGUUCUGGGGGACAGUGAACAGUGCCCCCGUCCCAUCUCUCUGCAUCCAAUUCCACGGGGACGCCUGGCCUCAGAGUCAUCUGAGGGCCACGUGACAGGCUCUGAGGCUGAACUCCAAGAGAAAGUGUCGGUGUGUAGAAGCCGAAGCCGAAGCCCUCGGCCACGUGGAGACAGCGCCUACCAUUCACAGCGACACAGCCUGCUUACCCCUGUCACCCCGCUCUCCCCACCAGGGUUAGAGGAAGAGGAUGUCAAUGGCUAUGUCAUGCCAGAUACACACCUCAAAGGUGCAUCCUCCUCCCGGGAAGGUACCCUGUCUUCGGUAGGUCUCAGCUCUGUGCUGGGUACCGAAGAAGAAGAUGAAGAUGAGGAAUAUGAAUACAUGAACCGGAAGAGAAGGAGCAGUCCACCUCGGCCCCCUAGGCCUGGUUCCCUUGAAGAGCUGGGUUACGAGUACAUGGAUUUGGGCUCAGACCUCAGUGCCUCUCUGGGCAGUACACAGAGUUGCCCACUACAUCCUGUGGCCAUCGUGCCCUCUGCUGGCACAACUCCAGAUGAGGACUAUGAAUAUAUGAACCGCAGACGCGGUGUAGGUGGUGGCGGGGGCGAUUAUGCAGCCAUGGGGUCCUGCCCUGCAGCUGAACAAGGGUAUGAAGAGAUGCGAGCUUUCCAGGGGCCUGGACAUCAUGCCCCCCAUGUUCGUUAUGCCCGCCUCAAAACUCUGCGUAGUUUAGAAGCCACUGACUCUGCCUUUGACAACCCUGAUUACUGGCAUAGCCGGCUUUUCCCCAAGGCGAAUGCCCAGAGAACUUAACCUCUGCUUCUUGAGACUCUCGGGGAGCAUUUGUUGGCAGCUAGUGCCUCUUGAGGGUACUCCUUCCUCAUCCCUCUCGCUCAGGUCCCACCCCCAUUUCUCCAGUCCUAGACAAUGCCAUUUGGUCUUUGGAGACCUGUAAACAUAUCCUCACAAUUUUUUUUUUUUUUUGUGGUAUGUAGCCAGCUGUGCACUUUCUUCUCUUCCCCCAACCCAGGAGAAGAGGUUUUUCCUUCUCUUUCCCAGUCCUCAUCCCUCAGCUUCCUCGGGGAAACUCCCGGGAGAUAAGAAGGAUUACUCUCUAAGCCCCUUUCUCUCCGGCUCUUACUUGUUAGGAUUGGACUUUGCCUUUGUUUCCCAUCAGACUGUCCUAAGGAAGAGGAGAUGAAGUAGAUCUGGUGGAGGAAAGGAAAAUCUUGGCUCAUGAGACUCUUAAUCCCAUGGAAAGAUUGAGAAGCUUAAAACGUGUGGAGAAAAAGUUAGGUGUAGGUACCAAUAAUUUAACAUUUACUGAGCCACGCAUCAUCAAGCUGAACUCUGCAUGCAUUAUCUCACUUAGGUAGAGCUGAUCCCAUUUUUACCAAUACAAAAGUCCCCCUGAGUCUUCCGGGGUAGCCAAUGGGUCCCUGAGUCUGUGGAUAGUAUCGAAUCCUGUAGUUUUUGUUUGUUUGGUUUUUCAUUUUUUCUAGACAGGGUUGUCCUGGCUGACCUGGAACUUGAUCUGUAAAGCAGGCUGGCCUUGAGUUCAGAAAUCCCCCCUGCCUCUGCUUCCUGAAUGCUGGGACUAAAGGUGAGCAUCACCAUCACUUAGCCUUUAGUUCUUUAAAAAAAUUUUUUUUAGUUGGUUUACAAAACUGAAUGCUAUAGCUUAGUGCCUUUUUCCAUCUUACCUAAGAAUCUAUCAUUCAUUAUGGUGGUAUUAUUUUUUUAGUUUGAAGUGCCACAGCAAAAGUAGUACUAGUUUGUCUAUCUUCAUAAUUUCAUGGAUUUAUUAUAGAUCUUACCAUAUGACUUUCCCUCUACAUGAAGUCAAGAACUUUCUUUCACCUUUUCUCAAACAAACAAACAAAACACUUCUCUCUGGCAUAUCUGAAUUGCCACAUCGCUACUCUUGCAUUCUGGGCCCAGGGUAUUUGAACAUAAGAACUGUGAUACCGAUGUUGGUCAGUCUAAUAACAGGUGGGUUAUGAAGUGACUAAGGUUAUUUUGUAUGGAUGCACUAUGCAAAGAGAUGAUUCGUCUACCAGAUACAAUCAAAAAGGAUGGUUCUAGUUUCAUCAUGCUACUCAGAAUGGUUUGCAAUUUAAACUUUAGGGACUAUUUAUUUCAGGAAUUUGUCAUUCAAUAUUUUCAGGUUGUAGUUGACGAUGGGUUAUUAAAACUGUGGACAGCAAAACCUCAGAUAAGGGGGGACUGAGCCUUGAAGAAAUUUAAGCAGCAGGUCUAGGAUUCAAAAUCUUCCCAAUUUCAUUGCCUGUACUUUUACUAUAAGACGUCAAGGAGUACCUAUGUCAAACCCUUGUAAGGUGUGUGUGUGUGUGUGUGUGUGUGUGUGUGUGUGUGAGAGAGAGAGAGAGAGAGAGAGAGAGAGAGAGAGAGAGAGAAACAGGGUCUCAGCUUUGCAGACUAGCCUGGAACUAUGUAGCCCCAGGAUGAUGGCCUUGAACUCAAUUCACAACAAUCCUGUCUCAGCCUCCCAAAGGCUAUGCCUACAAUGUGAAUUGCCAGGCUCCUUGUUUGCGCACUGAAUCAAGCAGAUGGCAGCGGCCACAUUUCCCUCCAGCACUCAGGCUUCUCAUCCCAGGAAGUUGUGAAGACAACACACAAGCACAAAUAAGUGGACAUUUUCGUGUGAGCCAUAGCCCACACACAUUGUGGAUAAUAUGCACUCCUUACAGCCAAUUCACUUACAGCCAAGACCGGUAUUUAGGAACUAUUCUUAACCUGUAAGGAGAAACUUCUCGUGGGAUAGAAAGAGGAUCCAUCUUCAGACCUCAGUUUUCCUGGAUGGGAACUGAGGGAAAACGUCUUCCUGUAUCAUUAAAGUUUUUUGUUUUGUUUUUAUACGUGUCGGAAUAAAGAUGCCAAAGUAU